AAUACAACUAAAUAAUAUAGAAUCUGAUUAAACUCUUCUCACUUUUCUCAUCAUUCCAUGAUUCUCCCUCCCUCAGUCACUGCAACUAUGAUUCUCCCUCAUUCACUGCAACCAUGAUUUUCCCUCUCUGAAACCCUGUUGUCGCACACAUUGUUGUGUUGUCAACCCAUCAUUCUCCCUAUUAUCGUAGUCUCUUCUUCCGUCACACUGUCCGGUGUGUGACCUCACACUCGUUCUCCUUCACUGGAACCCUGUUUUUCCUAGUUUCGAGCCACCAUCCUCUGUCAUUGGAACCGUAGUGUUGCAUUGGAGGAUCGAAGGCGCGAUUUAGGAAACCCUAGGUUUGUUUCUUCGAACUGGAAGAUAUAAGCUGAAGCUGCCAUUGUCUUCUACAUCCGGAGGAGCUGUCUGCAAAGUUGUUGGAUUUUUUGGAGUCCCCACAUGCUACAACUGACAUUCUACUUGUUGAUAUAGAGCAAGCAGGACGUUGCCAGUGCUGUUGAGUUACAAGGUUAUCCUGACUUCAUCAUUGGAAAUUAGAGUGAUGGGAAUCUUGUUGCAUCUUUAUUGGCUUAUAAAAUGGGAGUUACACAAGAAAAACUAGAAAUAGUUAAGAAGGGUUGUGAAGCAAUUGGUGCUGUCAGAGGAUUUGUAAGACCAUAUUCUCUUGUGAGAACUGAUCAUAUGAAAAGAUAUUCGCAUAAGAAGAGAUCUUUAUUUUGGUCUCUGAAUUUAUAGAAAGUUUUGAUUGGGUUGCCCAGGUUUAUUUACUUUUCUUUUGCUGGUGUCUAUCUCAAAUUUGACCUAUUACCUGAUGUAGAGUAUUUUUCUAGGUGAAGAUGUCAACAAUAUCAUGACAUAUUCCCCAUUCCUUUCUAUUCCCACACACUUCUUUUUGUCUCGAAUUCAAAAGUUCAUCCCAAAAUCAUGGAAACAAACCCCGCAAAAAUCACUGUUCAAUCCCAUCUUGUGUAGCAAUGCAUCCAUGGUUGGUGUUCUCAUUGCAUCCCUCAAGGACUUUGUGACCAAUGGCCACCUGCCAAAUGCUUUCAAAACCUUCAUUCAAAUCCAGCACCAUGCUUUUUCACACCUUCUCCUGCACCCCAUUAGCUCUCUUCUCUUUGCUUGCGCGAAGUUUAAGUCAUUGUCACAGGGUAAGCAACUUCAUGGCCAUAUCAUCUCACUGGGUCUUCAUCAAAAUCCUGUCUUGGUUGCAAGGCUUAUUGGUUUUUACACAAAUGUUAAUCUCAUUGGCGAUGCCCAAUUUGUCAUUGAGAGCUCUUGUACUUUGGAUCCUUUGCAUUGGAAUAUGCUUAUCUCGUCGUACGUUAAAAAUGGGCUCUGUGGAGAGGCUCUUUCUGUGUAUAAGAAAAUGUUGAGUAAGCAGAUUGAACCGGAUGAAUACACUUAUCCUUCUGUUCUCAAGGCUUGUGGGGAAUCGUUGGAUAUCAAUACUGGGGUGGAGGUUCACAGGUCUAUUGAGGCUAGCUCCAUGAAGUGGUGUUUGUUUGUGCACAAUGCUUUGGUCUCCAUGUAUGGUAGGUUUGGGAAUCUGGAAGUUGCGCGUGACUUGUUUGACAAUAUGCCAGUUAGAGAUGCUGUUUCGUGGAACACUAUCAUCAGCUGUUAUGCUUCUAGGGGUAUGUGGGAGGAAGCGUUUCAGUUGUUUGGAAGUAUGCAGGAGGAGGGUGUUGAAGGGAAUGUGAUUAUAUGGAACACCAUUGCCGGAGGGUACUUGCAUUUGGGCGAUUUCGCAGCGGCACUUAAGCUGAUUUCCCAUAUGAGAAUAUUCGUUCAUCUGGAUGCUGUUGCAUUGGUCAUUGGGUUAAAUGCGUGUUCCCACAUUGGAGCCCUUAAAUUGGGAAAGGAGAUGCACGGUCAUGCGGUGCGAAUUUGCUUUGACGUGUUUGAGAAUGUGAAAAAUGCAUUGAUUACAUUGUAUUCUAGGUGUAGAGAUCUUGGGCAUGCAUUUAUGGUGUUUCAUAGAAUGGAAGAGAAAGGUUUGAUAUCUUGGAAUGCCAUUCUUUCUGGAUAUGCACACGUGGAUCGUACUGAGGAAGUAUCCUUUCUUUUCAGAGAGAUGUUACGGAAGGGUGUUGAACCUAAUUAUGUGACCAUUGCAAGCGUUCUUCCCCUGUGUGCUCGCAUAGCGAACCUGCAGCAUGGUAGAGAGUUUCACUGCUACAUUAUGAAGCGUGAACAGUUUAAGGACUAUUUAUUAUUGUGGAAUGCCCUGGUGGACAUGUAUGCAAGGUCUGGCAAAGUUUUAGAAGCCAGAAAAGUGUUCGAUUCAAUGAGCACAAGAGAUGAAGUUACAUACACUUCCAUGAUUUUUGGAUAUGGUAUGAAGGGUGAUGGAGGAAUAGCUCUAAAACUAUUUGAAGAGAUGUGUGAGUUGGACAUUAAGCCAGAUGUAGUGACUAUGGUUGCAAUUCUCACAGCUUGUAGUCAUUCUGGUCUAGUAGCACAGGGGGAAUUGUUGUUUGAAAGGAUGAAAAAUGUUUAUGGGAUAGUUCCACUCCUCGAGCACUAUGCGUGCAAGGCUGAUCUCUUUGGGAGGGCUGGUCUUCUGGAUAAAGCGAAGGAGGUUAUCACAAGGAUGCCAUACAAGCCAACAUCGUCAAUGUGGGCUACUCUCAUAGGGGCUUGUCGAAUCCAUGGAGACAAAGUGAUGGGGGAAUGGGCUGCAGGAAAAUUGCUAGAGCUGAAACCUGACCAUUCAGGUUAUUAUGUGUUGAUUGCCAACAUGUAUGCUGCUGCUGGUUGUUGGAGCAAACUAGCAGAGGUGAGGACUUAUAUGAGGAAUUUGGGCGUGAAAAAAGCUCCUGGUUGUGCUUGGGUUGAUAUUGGCACUGAGUUCUCUCCCUUUUUGGUGGGGGACACCUCUAACCCUCAUUCAUAUAAGAUUUACCUUUUGAUGGAUGGAUUGAAUGAGCUAAUGAAAGAUGCUGGUUAUGUCCGUAGGGAGGAGUUUGUUUCAUCCGAGGAAGAAUUUGAGGAGAUGAAUAUAGUAGGGAAUGUAAACUAAGUAGAAGUUAGAAUAUGUUUUAUUUAUACAGUUUCAACCCGGAGCAGUUUGCUACCGAUAAAAUAGAAACUUGUUAGAUGAAGCAAAAAAAAAAUGAACUCUACACACUAUAAUUAUCGUGGUCAUCUUACUUUUACACCUAUCGAAUUAAAAUCAGACAUUUGACGAUUUAAACAGUAA